UGCCGCUCGGGUUGUUUUUGUGCGUCGUCCGUCGCUCAGUUGCUCAGUUGCUCAUUCGCCCCGUUCGCCGCUCGUUCGAUCGCUCUCGCUACUCGCCGCGUUCGCCGAUAAGCCAUAAGCCAUAGGCCAAUAACAACAAUCAAUUCGCCGUCGCCAAAGCAAAGCAAACAAACAAAAAUCAAAACAAAAAGCUAUAUAGCUCCAUAGCUAUAGCUAUUGAGAAACAACAACAACAAGUCGGAGAGAAAUAUACUAAGUAAUAAGGGAUAUACAACACAGAUAUAUCCAAGUGCCAGUGACGAGAAUCUGUUUUUUUACCGUGUUGCCAGUGCCAAACAAUAAACAUCGCCCCAAAAAACAAACAUCUCUCUGGAAUACAAAACAUAUAAUAUAUAUAUAUAUAUGUUAUAUAUAUAUAUGCCCAAGCUAUAGCCAUAUAGUAGCUGGAUCUGAAAACAAGUCGCCAUUGGAAUACAGCACCGUUUUGCCUCUAGUUUUCUUUGUGUUUUUUUUUCGAUCGCAGAUCAGAAGCACAACCAGCGAAUUAUCUGAGUGGAGUACCAUAUAGCCAGUAUAGUGGACCGAUCCAUCGAUAGACAUCCGAUAGACACGGAUAUCGACUAUCGGAGCCUGGGGCCAGUGGAGACACACAGCUUCAACGUGGCGCUGCACUCGACCGAGGCCUUGAUGGCGGCGGGCUUCCUCAAGUCGGGCGAUCUGGGCCCCCAUCCGCACAGCUACGGGGGUCCGCACCCGCACCACUCGGUGCCCCACGGACCCCUGCCGCCGGGCAUGCCCAUGCCCUCGCUGGGGCCCUUCGGCCUCCCACACGGACUGGAGGCCGUCGGGUUCUCCCAAGGUAUGUGGGGCGUCAACACACGAAAACAGCGUCGCGAACGCACCACAUUCACACGCGCCCAAUUGGACGUCUUGGAGGCGCUGUUCGGCAAGACCCGUUACCCGGACAUUUUCAUGCGCGAGGAGGUGGCCCUCAAGAUCAAUCUGCCCGAAUCCAGAGUACAGGUGUGGUUCAAGAAUCGUCGCGCCAAGUGCCGCCAGCAGUUGCAGCAGCAGCAGCAGUCGAACAGCCUCAGCAGCUCGAAAAAUGCCAGCGGCAGCGGCAGUUGCAGCAGUUCCUCGGCCAACAGUCGCAACAACAACAACAACAGCAGCAACAACAACAACAGCAGUAGCAGCCACAACAACUCACAGAGCUCCGGCGGUGGCAAUAACAAAUCAAGCCAAAAGGGCAGCCACAACAACAACUCACAGUCGAGCUCCAGCGGCAACAACAGCAACAACCAGAACCAGAACAACAAUUCAGCGGCAGCAGCGGCCAGUGCAGCGGCAGCGGUGGCAGCGGCCCAAUCGAUCAAAACGCACCACAGUUCCUUUUUGAGCGCCGCCGCGGCGGCAGCCUCGGGCGGUACAAAUCAAUCGGGCGGUGGUGGCAGUAAUAAUCAAGGGGGCGGUGGCGGCAAUUCGACGCCCAACAGCAGCAGCAGCGGCGGCAGCGGGGGCGGCGGCGGCGGUCAGGCGGGCCAUCUCUCGGCGGCGGCAGCGGCGGCGGCCCUCAAUGUGACGGCCGCCCACCAGAACUCCUCGCCCCUCUUGCCCACGCCGGCCACGUCGGUGAGUCCGGUGAGCAUUGUGUGCAAAAAGGAGCAUUUGUCGGGCGGCGGAGGAGGUGGUGGAGGAGGAGGCUAUAGUGGCGUUGGAGUGGGCGGUAACAAUGCCUCCUCGGUGGGCCUGAACCUAGGCGUCGUUGGCGGCGUUGGCGUCUCCCAGGAUCUCCUGCGAUCCCCCUACGAUCAACUCAAAGACGCCGGUGGCGAUAUUGGAGCCGGGGUGCAUCAUCAUCACAGCAUCUAUGGCUCGGCGGCCGGCAGCAAUCCCCGCCUGCUGCAGCCCGGCGGCAAUAUCACACCGAUGGACAGCAGCAGCAGCAUCACCACCCCAUCGCCGCCCAUCACACCGAUGUCGCCGCAAUCGGCGGCCGCAGCGGCCCAUGCCGCCCAAUCGGCCCAGUCCGCCCACCAUUCCGCCGCCCAUUCGGCUGCCUAUAUGUCCAAUCACGAUUCGUACAACUUCUGGCACAACCAGUACCAGCAAUACCCGAAUAACUACGCCCAGGCGCCCAGCUACUACUCGCAGAUGGAGUACUUUAGCAAUCAGAAUCAGGUCAACUACAAUAUGGGCCACUCGGGCUAUACGGCCUCCAAUUUCGGACUAUCCCCGUCGCCCUCGUUCACCGGCACCGUUUCGGCGCAGGCCUUCUCGCAGAACAGCCUGGACUACAUGUCGCCGCAGGAUAAGUACGCGAAUAUGGUGUAGAACCUACUCUUUCAAUACUGCAGCGGAGGCAACAGCAACAACAACAACAGUAGUUCGGGGGGUGAGGGUUCGGGAUCGGGAUCAGG